UUUGCAGUAUGCCCAAACAAUCCCAUCUACAGGUUUCCUACGCACAAACUUAGUUUAGGCGCACAGGGUUGACCCAUGGCGAUCAGAUUAUGUUCGCCAAGUUUCGUCGUUCCAGCAAAAAGGACCGACAGGAGCCCAACAACGAGAGUUCAAGGGCAAAUUAAAAGAGGAUCAACACUUUAUUCUGCAAACAAGGUUUUUGUGAUCGAAGACCAGGAGAUAGUUUGCUACAGAGAUGAGAAGGGGGAGCUAAUCUGUGAGGGGUAUGAUGAAGGUCCAAGAUUCACUCACCAAUCACAUGGUUCAGAUCAUCAGAGAGGCAGAGAGCUCCAUGUACCUGAUUCCAGGCGAGGAAGAAUCAGAGUUGAAGAUGGCAAUGAUCACUAUAUCAAGGGUGUUCCUGAGAUGAAUAAGGUUGACAUGCUGAUGAAUUAGGUUGUGUUACCAGUGCAGGAAAAAGAUGUGAACUGAACAAAAUAAAGAAUGUAUACCUUGAAUUUUCCUUCCAUGUAUAUAUACAGGACUAGCUAGCUCCCUUUAGCUUGUGCUUAGAGGGAUCUUGAACACAUCCCAGUCUCCAACAAUAAGAAGGAUUGCA